AUGGAACAACAACAACGCAGAGACUACACAGCAUCUACGGGAUAUAUCAUAGGCAGAAUCAGCGAGUGGCAAGAGAGUACAAUUGAUUAUGAUCAAUCAACAAGUGUUGGAGUCUUGAAUGUGAAUGGUGUACAAGUGGGGCCAAAACGAGCAAAGGUUGGGCUCGGUUUCGGUUCUUUGAUGCCAGCAGAGCCAGUAUUCAUAUCUGCAGAGGAAGGCGCGCUGACAAAGAUGCGCGGGCUCACGGCGAACGGUCUGACAGGACUUGGACAAAAGAUGUUGCGUGGGUUCUGGGUAAAAAUUGGGCGGUCGAUAUCCAUCUCGUCGUCCUCGGGCGGAGUUGGCGGUCGUUCGACUGGGG